AUUGAAAGACUACAAAUUGAACUGUCCAAACUAGAUUCCUAUUCGAUUAUAAGUUUAUAACAGGAACAGCCUGAACUGCACAAACCUUAGAGAGAUAUAGCUAGAGAAAGCCAAGAAAGAAACUUUGAUGGCUAUUCCAGUGAUUGACCUGAACCAGUUUCCAGAUUCUGAAGAGUACAAGAAGCUGAGGGAAGCAUCAGUGGAAUGGGGUUGCUUCAGGUUAGUCAACCAUAAGAUCCCAUUGACUUUAAUGUCAGAGAUGAAGAAAGUGGUCAGAUCCCUUCUUGAUCUGCCCAUGGAGGUAAAAAAGAGGAACACUGAUGUCAUAGCUGGCAGUGGCUACAUGGCACCCAGUGAGAUCAACCCUCUCUAUGAGGCUUUGGGUCUCUAUGACUUAGGCUCAUCUCAGGCUAUACAGAACUUCUGCUCUCAGUUGGAGGCUUCUUCCUACCAAAGAGAGGUAAUUGAGAAGUAUGCAGAAGCAACUUAUGAGCAGAUAGUGGAUAUAGGGCAUAAGUUGGCAGAGAGUCUUGGAGUGGGGAGUGGUUUUAUGAAGGAAUGGGCUUGCCAGUUUAGGAUUAACAAGUACAACUUCAUUCCCGAAUCCAUUGGAUCUUCUGGAGUGCAGAUACACACAGAUUCCGGUUUUCUGACCAUUCUUCAAGAUGAUGAAAAUGUUGGAGGACUAGAAGUGAUGGACAAGUCUGGUGUGUUUGUACCCGUUGAUCCAUGUCCAGGCACUCUCAUUGUCAACCUUGGAGAUGUUGCUAAGGCAUGGAGCAACGGGAGGCUCUGCACUGUGAAGCACAGAGUACAAUGCAGGGAAGCCACUGUUCGAGUCUCCAUUGCUACGUUUCUGUUGGGACCAAAGGGUGAAGCAGUCGCAGCUCCUCCGGAAUUUGUUGAUCCGGAGCAUCCACGUCUAUAUGUCCCUUUUACUAUUGAAGACUACAGGAAGCUCAGAAUCAUAAAAAAACUGCAAGCUGGUGAAGCUCUGGAACUUGUACGCAUGGAGUCCUGAUUGACUGAGACGAUCCUAGCUAGUUGGCAUUAUAUGUCACGGCCUGCCUUUUACAAGUUAAUUAAAUAAUUCAGUCUAGAACUAUACCUAUGUUAAUGAAUCAUGUCUAAGUAUGAAUGGUCUUAUCGGAUUUGUUCUAUGUAUUUAUCAGCUGUUCUUGAGCUUAUUUGCGGUUUGCCAUCUGAUAUAACAUGAAAUGGAAAGGAAAGGAUAUCC